AUGACUGCCUCAAGUGAAAAGUUGGUGUUGAAUCAACUUCCUCAACCGUCAAGACCCUUUAAUAGUUACGACACGAGCAUAGAAAUAUCAUCCACAACUUAUCCACUACAACAAUCAAUUGAUGUGGUGCCACCAAGCAUGACAAAAGAAGAAGAGGGACAACAGAAAUUCGCCCUUGUAUCUAAGCUUGUAAAUCGCGUUUUGAAUGAGUACGAAAAACUUCCUGCGAGCUUUAGAGACCAAAUAAAUGCAGAAGAAAUGUUGCGUGGAAAAAGGAAGAGACAUGGUGAAGAAACCCAAAACACCACUUCCCGUGGUCUGCAGCAACCUGUUCAACAGAAGCCCGAGCGCUUCAAGGUUCGAUAUGUUUCUACGGAAGAGGUUGUUAAAGAUGAUGACAAGAAAUACUAUGAUAUAACCUCUGAAUCAUACGUGACACACACUGGUGAGCCUGCAGAAUCAGCUUCUACUAAUUGGUACAACUUCAGCUCCAAUAUUCCCAACUUGCCUGAACAAAGAAAGAGUAGCCACUAUAAUUCUUCUCACAAUAGUACACCAUAUGCCACUACAAAGAAACGUGUGUUUCUAACUAAGAGGGUUUAUUAUUCAACCAGAACUCGUGGUCGUUCUGGUGUCCUACAAUCACUCUCUAGAAAACUUGGUCGAUUCAAGAUCCGAACUGUUAUUGUACCCAAGAUUGCAAGCGAGGGAAACAAUGCAAACAAAUGA